GUUUCAACCACCAUCAUCUACUCCGUAUGGCGCUCCCAAGGACUUCUGGUCUUCGCUUCAUUCCUUCAUAGCACUCCAAUACAGUUCCAUCCCUUCCUCUCGUUAACACGCGAUGGCGGUAGCCACGCAGACUCAGCUGGAGCUGGGAUCACCUCUUAGAAUGGACUCCCGUCCACAAACGCCUAAUGCCCGGCAAUUCCUGCCCAAUGCAUCAAUUGUCCUCAUCGGAUCCAGGGGGGCAGGAAAGAGGACUUUGGGAUUCAUUGGAGCGACUCAUCUAGGCCGUCGAUUUAUCACGGAAGACCAUUUCUUUCAACAAGCGACUGGCACCUCGAGGGCCGAUUUUCUUCAAAGAUAUGGAAAGCGUGAUUUCUACAGGAAAAAUGUCGACGUUUUGAAGCAGAUGCUGGACCAGCAUCGAUCAGGAUGUGUCAUUGAGUGUGGAAUGGGAUCGCUCUCCAACCAGGCGCAAAAAGCUUUACGGGAAUUCUCAAAAACGAACCCCGUCAUCUAUGUCACGCGAGCGCGUCACAGAAUACGAUCUUUGUUGAGGCUUAGCGAAGAAGAAGCCAUUCGAUUAGAGAGCGUGGAUUUGUCACAUCGAAGCUGUUCCAAUUUGGAAUAUUAUAAUCUAUAUGAUGCGAGUUGCGAUGGCAUGGAUACGCCGCCAGAAAAUGGUCUUGGAAGCGUUUCUUCCAGGCUCAAAUAUGUCAAAGAAGAUUUCUCCAACUUUCUUGACUUGUUGACUGGACAAGGAGUGAUCAGGAGCAGCCUUUCGAGUCCGUUCUCAAUAGCUGCACUUCCCCCCGAGUGUAGAUCGUAUACUUACGCCUUGUCGAUUCGGUUGUCGACUUGUCCUGAUUUGGACUUGGAAGAACUGGAAGCUGGCGCUGAUGCUGUUCAAUUAAAAGUCGAUUCUUGGUCACCCAAUCUUCAGACCAUGAUGUCGAAGCAGGUCGCCAACGUUCGGAGAAAACUUGGUGUUCCAAUCAUAUUUCAUGUUGAAGACUACGUCUUUGGUGAUUCAACGGCUUCGCCAAUACCAGAAAAGGAACGUGCUUAUUUUGAACUGCUCGAGUGUGGGCUACGACUUGGCGUUGAAUAUAUAGUGGUGGACCUCAAGUAUUCUUCAGAAUACAUAUCGAAGUUGGUCAAUUGUUCAGGUCCUACGAAAGUGAUUGGCCACUAUCUGGCGAUGGAAGAGAGACCAUGGGGGUGGGAUGAUGAAAAUAGCAUGAUUCAAUAUCGAAGGGCGAAAUCGCUAGGAUGUGAUAUUGUACGAUAUGUUCGAUCAACUUCCAAAGCAAGCGACAACGAUGCUGUCAAAGCCUUCCUAUCGAAAAUUGAAUCGAUUCCAGGCCAUCUACCAGUUAUCGCUUAUAAUUUAGGAGAAAAUGGAAGGCCGUCUCUGAUUGCGAACCGUAUAUUUACUCCUGUUACGCAUCCUCUGAUGCAAACCACUGUCAGUAAAGCUCAACUUCGUCAAUUCCUUCCAACGGCAGCAGAAGCAGUUCAGGCUCUAUAUCAAUCUGGAAUCCUCAAUUCUCUCCACUUCUACCAUCUCGGUGCCAGUGUAUUCUAUAGUCUCUCCCCAGCAAUGCAUACCGCCGCCUACAAAGUCUGUGGGAUGUCCAACGACUUCCAGUCUCUUCAAGUACAUUCUUUAGAAGAUAUUCAGCGACUCUGUCAAGACCCAAACUUUGGUGGAGCAGCUAUAACACAGCCCUUUAAAGUCCAAAUCACAAGUCAAAUCGCUGCAAUGAGUUACCAUGCAAAAGCCAUCGGGGCAGUCAAUACUCUUUUGCCUCUCCGCAUGCUACCAAACAAUGCCUCGUUGGAUAGCAGUAUCCAAUCACUACUUCGACAAGCCAAUCAACGUGGGAAAAACGGCCAAGUGGUAGCCUACUAUGGCGAUAACACAGACUUCAUCGGAAUCUUCAAUUGCCUCCGACUUAACAUAUCUCCCAGAAAUGUCGUCCAGCCAUCUAAAACGACGGGUUUGGUCAUUGGAGCAGGAGGUAUGGCACGAGCUGCGAUAUACGCCUUGAUUCAACUUGGCUGCAGAAAGAUCUUUAUGUUUAAUCGUACAAUCGAACAUGCAGAAGAAGUCGCCUCGCAUUUUAACUCUUGGGCCAGUGGAUUAAGUAAUGAUGGACAGAUUGUUCGCGUCUUGAAGUCGAGAACGGAUGAAUGGCCCGAAGGAUUCAAACAGCCUACUAUUAUCAUCUCGUGCGUUCCCAAUCGCAUUGUCGAAGACCAACCACCUGCAAAUUUCGAGAUACCUUUGCACUGGCUUCAAAGUCCAACGGGUGGUGUUGUCAUCGAGGUAUGUUCUAACUAUCUAUCCUAACCUUUCCCCUAAUUUCCCCUCUCAUAAUAGUUAUCGAAAUAACGACUGACCUCCACACAGUUAGCAUACCUCCCCCUCGACAGUCCACUCCUCCGACAAAUACGAGUCGUGCGCGAGGAAACCAAACAAGCCUGGGUCAUCGUCGAUGGCCUGCAAGUCCUGCCCGAACAGGCAAUUGCUCAAUUCCAGCUCAUGACCGGAAGGCGAGCACCGAAGAGACAGAUGCGUCUAGAGGUUCUCAGGAAUUAUCAUCGUUAUGAGGAAUGAGAAGAUGUGAAAGUGAAUGACCUACGGUACGGGUCUGUAGUUUGUACAUACAUAAUUAAUCGAUAUUGUAUAAUUUUAC